GGCAAUUUGGCAUUCGGCAACCGGCGCUGCUCACAGACUACAGCUUCACGCGCCGGCGUGCCGUGACGACAACACGCGCCCCCGUCUCCCUGAUCCCAACCAACAGAAUAAACAACAAAGUCCAGACCUGACUCCUCAAAACUUCCACCCAAACUGUUUCCACUUCGUCGGAAAAUCCCAAAUCCCCAAACCCUAAGAAGGUCAAAAGGUCACUGAUUCAGCCCCCAAAAGCAGCAAUUCCAAUUUUCCGGCAUCGGAAUUGCGAUUUUUUCCCUCCUUCCGGCCAGGAAAAUAAAAAAAAAAAAGGGCGCGAGAGUUGGGGGAAACUGUCGAAGAAAAUUUCCGGAGAGUUUAUCGGAAGAGAAGAUUGGCGGAAAUGGCGUCGUCGAAGGUGAUGGCGUCGUCGAAGCCGAAGAAUUCGGAUCUGGCUUCAACGUCGUCGUCUUCAACAGCUCCACGAUCGCGUCGUUUUUCUUCUUCCUCCUCUACUACUACUAAACACCGCUCUUCCGAUCGCUCAACUACCAUUCGGCCGCUUAACGUCGGGAACUCCUCAUCCUCUAACAUGACCGUCGAUGGAAUCCUGCACAACGUCUACUCCGCUCCCUCGUCGGAGCCCGCGCUCCUCGACGCUCAGAUAACCCUAAUGGACGCCCCGGCUCCUCCUCCUCCUCCUCCCCCUGCCCUCGCUCCUCCUUCUCUCGCCGCGGCGGUAAUCCAGUCCAGCUACCACGCCAACGGAAGUAACGAUCAGGAAAUGGCAAUUGCCGUUGCUCCUACGCUGCCGGGGAGUAACAAGACGGUUGACGACAUGUGGAAGGAGAUUGUGUCCGGGAGGAAGGAAUUGAAGGAGGAACCGGACGAGAUGAUGACUCUGGAGGAUUUCCUCGCCAAGGCGGGUGCGGUGGAGGUUGGCGGCGACGACGACGAGGAUGAGGUGAAGAUGCCGGAGCUAGCUUCGGAGAGGUUGAGUGGGGGAGUGUUCGCGUUUGAUCCGGUGACAGUGCCGCCGCCGAAUGCUAUCCAUAUGCUGGAUAAGGUUGAAGGGUCGAUCGUCGGGUUCGGGAAUGGAGUGGAGGUGGCUCCCUCCGGCGGGGGAUUAGGUGUGGGGAGAGGGAAGAGAGGUAGAGCGCCGGUUUUGGAGCAAUUGGAUAAGGCUGCGCAGCAGAGGCAGAAGAGGAUGAUCAAGAAUCGGGAGUCAGCUGCAAGGUCCAGGGAGAGGAAACAGGCUUAUCAAGUCGAAUUGGAGUCUUUGGCAGUGAAGCUAGAAGAGGAAAAUGAGCAGCUGUUGAUGGAGAAGGAAGAGCGUACAAAGGAAAGGUUAAAGCAGCUUAUGGAGAAGGUGUUCCCUGUGGUGGUAAGGCGAAAACCGCCACGAACGCUGCGCAGAGUUCGGUCUUGGGUAUGGUAGAUAACGAAUGUAGUUAGCAUUGUAAGGUCUCGAAACUUUGGGAGAGACAGCCUCCUUUGACUAAGGAGACACAGUAAAAAUAGAGCCGCGUCACUUUAGGAUCGACUUGAUUCUAAUAUUAUUAGAGCUUUUGGGGGUAUAUAUAUAUAGAAUGAGAGACGCUGUGAGGUAGAUAAGAUAGUUGAAGAGAUGGAUGAUGAACAUCAUGAGGCGGUAAUGCAGACUACAGAUCAUUACUGGCUUAUUUUUGUGUAGCAAACGAAGUUGAAGAACAAGAACAAGAAGAAGAAAGAAGCAUUAGUAUUUUUUUUUAUAUAUAUAGCCUGCGUUUUACAGCACUGGUUGCGAGAGGAAGUAGGGAAAGAGGAGAAAUGGAGGGACUUUUGCUGGGUUUCUAUUUCCAACUGUAAUUUAUUUUAGUUUUAUACAUUGGCGAGUUUGUGAAGAAGCCCUUCACAUGGGCAUGGCUCUGAUCGGUGAAUCGAUUCGUUUUGUUUCUCUUUCACUCAACAACUCGAAUUAUUGAAACUAAUUUGUUCUUGACAUUAUCAGAGUCUUCUAUAUCCAAAACAUCUUCUAUUUAAGUCCUUGCGACCCAUUUUCGGAGC